CAGCUGUAUUUUUGUGACUUGUAGAAAGAGACUAUGCCAAUAAGUCGACAUCUCGACGUUAGGAUAAAAAUAACACGAUGAUACGACAGAGUUAAGUGUCGUAUGAUUGCGCCAAUACUGUCGUGAUGUCGUGUUGUCGCGUUAUGAAAAGGGCGAGAUUUAACAUGGCCACUAUCAGCCACCAUAACAAUGUAUAAUUUUAUUCAUCGAUCUAAAUGAAGGACGUCAUACAGGACAUAUUUACUCAUUGUGAAAAGUUUUAUAUUAGAUUCAAGGCAGUUCAACCAAAACACCCUUGCAAAAUAUGUUGCCUUAUACACGGGAGUGAUAAAGAUUUCCUUACUUGGAUACUUAUGGAAACUUUAAAGUGGACGUUUCUAUUACUGGUCGUAUAUCCUGUUGAAACCAUCACAUUAAACUAUGGUAAGGAAAGGGAUAUUAACUUGAAGGAGACGUCAGAAAAUGGAUUGGGGGAUUUUAUUGUAUCCCAAAAGAAACAGAAUUGGACUAGAUGUGGAGACAAUAUGUGCCAGUGUAAAGGAUACCAAGCACGCUGUGUAAAUCAUGGUCACCAACUGAAUUAUAUUCCCAGAUUUGAGAAAAACAUAACAAAGCUUAAUUUUACUAGUAAUUAUCUACCAUUUAUAGAUAAUGAAACUUUUACUAACGUUACCGAGUUUCAACUGAUAUUUUUGGUUUUAAGAAAUACAUCAAUAAAAAACUGCACACGAAAUGCAUUUAAUGGUCUGAAAUCUUUACGAUCUUUAUUUAUAAGAAAUAAUACCAUUUCAAGUAUGGAACUAAUGGAUUGUUUGUCUGGCAUAACAAAAGAUUUAAAUCAUCUUGAUUUAGAAUUUAUAUACUUAGAUAAACCUUGGGAUCUAGAUUUAGACAAGAUUAUGACACAUUCAAAGAUCUCCAAUUUACACUUACGGAGUAUUGAAAUACCACAUUAUAAUCAGAGUAAAUUGUCAACUUUAAAACAUCUGGAGAUCAUCCAAAUUUACAAAUCCUCUAUGAAUACGGUUACUUUUGAUUAUUCGUCAACAUUAAAGAAGUUAGAAUUUGCUCAUAACCAAUUUUUCGAAUUCCCAAAAUUUUGUGUAAAUGACUAUGCGUAUUUUCCACAUCUUACUUAUUUGAAUUUAGGCCAUAACAACAUACAAUCUAUAAAGCCAGAACUACUCACUUGUUUGAAAUUCCUCAAACAGUUUGAGAUUGAUAAUAACCGCAUUCAUUUGAUAGAGAGUAACACGUUUUUAAACUUACCAAAGCUUUUACUUGUAUCAAUUUCAUACAAUGGACCAGAUAUGGUUUUACAAGAAUUUGCUUUUAAUAGUUCAUCCCUGAAAGAACUCUAUCUAAAUGACAACGACAUGUAUUUUGUUGAUGGACAAAAGCACGUCAGUAAGGAUGCUUUUAAAUAUUGCACUCAAUUGGAAGUUUUAAGAGUAUCAUCGAAUCACUUCGAGUUUACUACAAGUCAAAUGUUCGAAGAAACAUUCAGUACUCUGGUUAAUUUAAGAAUAUUGUCACUAGCCCACGGCGGAGUUCAGUUUCUUCCAAGUUUUAUUCCAAAAUAUCUGGGCAAAUUGAAGACCUUGUGGCUUAGCCAUAAUAACAUUAUAUAUAUACCGGAAGGUUAUUUCAUUAGUCUCCAUUCCUUACAGAAUGUACAAUUAAAUUCAAAUAAAAUAACCACAGUUAAACCAAAUACAUUUUCACUUCAAUUUCUUAAAAAAGUUAAAAGCAUUGAUCUGUCUAACAAUACGUUUUCUUGCACCUGUGAAUUACUUUGGUUCAUCAAUUUUCUAAAAACAAGCCCCAUCAGAAAACGUUUUAUUCAUUUUCCAAAAGAAUACAUCUGUGGUUCUCCCACAGUUUACAGUGGGAAGCAACUCUUACAAGUCAGACUUUCUGAACGUACAUGCGCAAUAACGUAUCAGACCCGUUUAAUUAUUAUAUCUGUAUCGGCAGGAAUUCUUCUCUUAGUAUUAACUAUUUCUGUUGUUUACCGUUAUCGAUGGUAUUUACGAUAUAUAUUAUACAUGGCACGAUUUCAACACGUUCGCUACCAAAGACUUUUAAAUGGUGGCGAGAAUUAUAAUCAUGAUGUAUAUCUUAGUUCUUGUGAUGCAGAUUUUGAUGACGUAAUAUAUGAUUACCUUGUACCUAGAUUAGAGGUGGAUAUGGGUCUGCGACUUUAUAUCCCCCAAAGAGAUGGACAGGGAAAUAAAAUUGAUCAAAUAAUAUCCAAUAUGGAUGCCAGUCGUAAAAUCAUAUUAUUUAUUUCUGAUAAAUAUGUUGAAGACGGUUAUUGUGAAUUUGAAGCUAGUUAUGCCUAUAAUAAGUAUAUUAAUGAAAAGCGUGAUUUAAUGAUUGUAGUAGUAUUUAAGGAGCUUGGUGCCUUGAAUGUAACAAAAACCAUACAUAAAAUACUGGCUGUUGAUAAUUAUAUUAAAUGGGGCUGGGAUGAAGAAAGUGUGGAAUUAUUCUGGUUAAAGAUAACGACUGCUAUUAAUAAUAUGGAUGAUCUAAUACCUUAAAAGAAUAUGUUUAGAUUAAAAUUUAACUUAGUAUGUAAAGUCUUUGUCUUUGAGUGUCCUUUACAGUAUAACAUUUAAUAUUUUUAAAUAUGAUGAUUUACUAUAGCUAUGUUAUUCUAUUUUUUUUAUUUAUUUUUUUUUUUUUUUGAUAUUCACUGUGUAUAUAGUUUCCCGAGGUAUUGUAAUUCAUUUAAUUAUGACACGUUUAAGAUUGUCGCUUUCCUUGAUUGCCAUUUACUAUAUUUUAUAACAUUAUCUUAAUAGACUAUCGUUAGCUGUAUAAAUUUUGCUUAUUCGCAAAACACUGAAUGAAUUAAAUGGGGGAUUAACAUCCUAUUGUUCUACACCAACCAGGCAGUUGAAGACGGGCAUACGCCAUGCAGUAUGCUCCGGGAAAAAUUCUGCUUCGACUGUAAUUACAUUAAAAUUGCCAAAUUUUAAUUAUGUGCACCCAACGUGUUCAUGGGACCGAAUAUCAUUACUAGAUAUAUUAUGA